UUCAAAUUCAAACAUCCGUGCGUAAAAGAACCCAAGAAGUCCUCAACACCCUUUCUAUCCUCCAAAUUACUUUCUUGCUUCAAGAAAAGCUAUUCGCCACAGAAACUCAAAGUUUUCCCUGUUCCCGGACGCACAAAAGUUCAAUUUCAAUGGAAGAGACCCGAUUCGAUACUUAUCACCAAGACUUAGAAACCCUAGUUCCAAAUUGUUCAGUCUCCGAGGCCUUCGAUUGGGAAAAAGUUGAACCCUUGAAUCAAGAACCGAAAUAUUCUGCCGUUAAUGACGCGGGCGAUGAGUCUUUGGUGGAUUCGAUGCUUUGUGACUCUGGUUCAAGACUAAUCCCUUAUGGGUUUACAGAAUCCAAUUGUACAGAAGAAUGUGUGCUGUUUAUAAAUGCUGGAGGUGAGGCUGCAAACGAGGUAGAUUCCAGUACAAAAUUUGUCGGUGACACACAUUAUGAAGGGGGAAAUGUUUUCCGAACUAAUGAGUCAAUAACUGAGGGCGGAGAUUUUCCAUUCAUCUAUCAGACUGCACGAUUGGGAAAUUUUUCUUAUCAUUUCAAUGAUCUUCCUCCUGGAGACUAUUUUGUUGACCUUCAUUUCGCAGAGAUAAUAAACACAAACGGACCUAAAGGAAUGAGGGUAUUCAAUAUAUAUGUCCAGGAAGAAAAGGUCCUAUCUGAGUUAGAUAUUUUCUCUGUAGUUGGAGCUAAUAAGCCAUUGCAGUUGGUUGAGUUGAGGGUAUCUAUGAAGGAGGAUGGAGCAAUUGUGAUAAGAUUUGAAGGGGUCAAUGGAAGCCCAAUAGUUAGUGGAAUUUGUAUUAGGAAAGCGCCAAAGGUGUCAGUUCCUCAAGUGACACAUGAAUAUCUUAAAUGCAACAACUGUGCUUCUAUGAUAGAAGUUCCUUCAGCUCAGAAGAAACAACUGGAAACGAAAUCCACCAUGAAAUAUGAGAAGAAGAUAGAAGAAUUGACCAUGCAGUGUCAACGAAAGACAAAAGAAUGCUAUGAGGCUUGGAUGUCAUUGACUUCGGCAAAUGAACAGCUGGACAAGGUCAGGAUGGAACUUGACAAUGUAAUGUUUAACACACUUUCUAAAGAUCAAACUAUGGAGAAACAAGCUGAAAAUCUGCGGAAUAUCUCCGGCAGGUAUGAGCACGAUAAGAUAUACUGGGCAGCUGCAAUCAAUAAUUUACAUGAAAAAAUAAAGGUGAUGAAAAAAGAGCAUCUUCAGCUUUCUUGUGAAGCUCAUGAUUGUGUUGAUUCAAUUCCUGAGUUGAAUAAAAUGGUUUUUGCAGUUCAGACUUUGGUUGCCCAGUGUGAAGAUCUCAAAGUGAAGUACAGUGAAGAGCAAGCUAAGCGAAAGAAACUCUUUAAUGAAUUUCAGGAGGCUAAAGGGAAUAUCAGGGUUUUCUGCCGCUGUCGUCCCCUAAGUAAAGAAGAGAUAUCGGCUGGUUCUACAAAAAUUGUAGAAUUUGAUGCUGCGAAGGAUGGAUGUCUUGGAAUUCUGACUGGUGGCUCCACCAAAAAGUCUUUCAAAUUCGACCGUGUUUACACACCAAACAAUGAUCAAGUUGAUGUGUUUGAGGAUGCUUCGCCAAUGGUGACAUCAGUGCUAGAUGGCUACAAUGUGUGCAUAUUUGCUUAUGGGCAAACAGGGACCGGAAAGACAUUUACAAUGGAGGGUACUGAGCAAAACAGAGGAGUAAAUUAUAGGACUCUAGAACACUUGUUUAAUAUUGCCAAGGAAAGGAGCGAAACUUUUACAUACAGCAUAGCUGUUAGUGUUCUUGAAGUUUACAACGAGCAGAUUAGAGACUUGCUGGCAACGUCUCCAACAUCAAAAAAGUUGGAGAUAAAGCAAGCUUCUGAAGGAUUUCUACAUGUUCCUGGAAUUGUAGAAGCCAAAGUUGAUAACAUCAGGGAAGUCUGGAGUGUACUGCACGCUGGAAGUAAUGCUAGGGCUGUUGGAAGUAAUAAUGUGAAUGAGCAUAGUAGCCGAUCUCACUGCAUGCUUUGUAUAAUGGUAAAAGCAAAGAACUUGGUGAAUGGAGAGUGCACCAAAAGUAAGCUUUGGCUUGUAGAUUUGGCAGGCAGUGAGAGGCUUUCGAAAACUGACGUGCAAGGGGAGCGCCUGAAGGAAGCACAAAAUAUAAAUAGAUCGCUUGCAGCUCUUGGAGAUGUCAUAUCAGCUUUGGCAACUAAAAGUAGUCAUAUCCCAUACAGGAACUCCAAAUUGACACAUUUACUUCAAGACUCAUUAGGGGGCGACUCCAAAACUUUGAUGUUUGUACAAAUUAGUCCUUCAGACAGGGACUUGGGUGAGACUUUGAGUUCUUUAAAUUUUGCAUCUCGGGUUCGUGGGAUUGAGUUGGGCCCUGCCAAGAAGCAGCUUGACACAAGUGAGCUGCAAAAGUUGAAAGCAAUGCUUGAAAAAGCAAGGCAGGAAUCCAAAUCCAAAGAUGAAUCUCUGAGGAAGCUAGAAGAGAACUUACAGAACCUUGAGAGCAAGGCAAAAGGCAAAGAUCAGAGUCAUAAAAACCUACAUGAGAAGAUCAAAGAGCUUGAAGGCCAGAUUGAAUUGAAGACAGCCAUCCAUAACCAGUCUGAGAAGCAACUUUGGCAAUUAUCUGAGAGAUUGAAGGGGAGGGAAGAAGUCUGCAGUAAUCUCCAGCAAAAGGUCAAAGAGUUGGAGAUGAAGCUCGUAGAACAACGGCACUCAGAAUCUGCAUCUUUUCAACAAAAGGUUAAGGAACUUGAAAACAAGCUCAAGGAGGAAUUGCAGAAAUCAGAGUCUUACACUGUCAGCCUUCAACAUGAGGUGAAUGAGCUGGAACGAAAACUAAAAGAGCAGGAACAAAAUUCAGAGUCUUGCUUACUUCAUCAAAAGGUGAAUGAGCUGGAACGAAAACUAAAAGAGCAGGAACAAAAUUCAGAGUCUUGCUUACUUCAUCAAAAGAUUAAGGAGCUUGAAGAUAAGUUGAAGGUGCAAGAGCAGCAAUCUCAGGAUUGCACUGAUGCAGUUAGGGCCACUCCUAAAACCUUUAUAAGAGAUGAAUUAAUGAAUGAGAUUGAGCCUCGUAUACUGAGAAGUUCAAAUUCAAUAAACCGCCCGUUGAGUCAAGGUUCUACUUUGCAAAGAGGAAAUGAUUCUUUCCAUGAGAUGAGGAGGAAAAGAGACUUCAGAAAUGCUGAUGCAGAAAACAAUAUUUUUGUAUCGUCUUCUUUAAAUGAUACCAAGGUUAGUAGGAAAUCUGAUCCACCUAAAAUUGCAAGGGUUAUGAGAACAACAAAGCUGGUCACUGCUACUCAAGGGCCCUUGAUGCACAAGAGGACCAGCAGAGAUUAUAACCAAGGAAUCAAGGAGAGGGAAAAUAAGAAGAAGAUAUGGUCCUGAUAGUGAACUAACUCAACAGAAGUCAAUUUGUUUAUAAUGUUGACUUCCUAUUUACAUUAAUCUUCCAUGUAGAUUGUGCACAACUCAUUUCUUUGUAAAACUAAAGGAACAAACGAAAUUCUUUGAUUUGUUUUCAAAUCAUGUAUCUUCUACCUAUAUGUGUUAAAUGAAAAUGUUGCUGGUUUGGAUUGGGAGGUGAUCUUACCUCAUCUCAA